CUACUCUUUUCAUUUACACUGACUUAUCUUUCAAUUGAAAUUUCAUUCAUGUCGGAAUUUCACCUUGUUUUAUAAAUCUAAGUAUACUUUACCCGAUGGCAAAACUAUACAAAUAAAACAAUUCCCCAUACAAGCAGUCAAUUUAUAAUAAACUAGAUUAUCUGUCGCAAUGGCGACAUCUGCAAAAAGCACCUGCAUUUGCCUCAUAAUAUUGCUGAUUUUAUUGGUGGUAUUUAGCUCUAUUGGUCUCUACUUUACUUUUACAAAGGAAAAAAAAAUGGUUUUGGAAUCGUGUCAUAAUAUGGGUGGCUCUUGCCUGGAGUUUAAUCACUGCAAUAACGCUUAUCAAUCACGUGUCAUAACCAGAUGCAUAUUGGCACGCAAAGUUUGUUGCAUGAAAACCGAACAAGUGACAAAGUCCUUGGACUAAAAAUAAAAUACAACAAAACGAAGACACAGUCUUGAGAACUAUCUUCCUUCACAGCACUUUAGUGUAUUAUAAAACUAAUUAUUGUUGUUUCUAAUACACUCUAAAAUUAGUCUUUCAA